AUGGCAGUGAAAGGUUUAGGCAAAGUGGACCAGCAGUACGACGGCAAGGACGUGAAGGUGGGGAUCUUGCACGCGAGAUGGAACAACAAGGUCAUCGAUGCGCUCGUGGCGGGCGCCAUCCAGAAGCUGAAGGAGUUCAACGUGCGGGAGGAGAACAUCGUUGUCGAGAGCGUGCCGGGGGCGUACGAGUUGCCGUACGGAACAAAGAAGAUGUUUGAGAAGCACGGCGUUGACGUGGUGAUCCCCAUCGGCUGCUUGAUCAAGGGCUCGACGAUGCACUUCGAGUAUAUCUGCGAGGCCGUGUCGACGCAGUUGAUGCAGCUGCAGUUCCAGCUUGACAAGCCCGUCAUCUUCGGGCUUUUGACGUGCUUGACCGAGGAGCAAGCUUUGCUCAGAGCGGGCGUGCUGCCAGGCAUGCAUAACCACGGCGAGGACUGGGGCGCCUGCGCUGUCGAGAUGGUGCUCAAAUGGAAGUAG